GACUUCCGGGUUUUCGUUUUUGUUAAAAAUAUUCAAUAUAAUGCACUUAUGCACUAGUAUAGCGGAUAGAAGAACAGGAUGAUGUCAUAAAAAUGAGUAUAUGAGUACUUCAUUUCAUUAUGCCAAAUAACGAACUUCAGAUAGCUCGUCAGAGAGUGAAUGUAAGAUGGUACCAUCAUCCGAUAGACUUUGCCAAUGUCCUCAAGGCAUUCAUUGGCUCAAACUACCUUGGCCUACCAUUUGCCUUUUUCAACAGUGGACUUGGGUUGGGGAUAAUUGGUCUCGUUAUCAUAGCCUCUCUGACAGACCAUUGUUGUCAGCUUAUAGUGAAAUGCAAGAAACGCGUCAUAAUAAAUAUAAUGCAAAAAUACCAGGAUACGCAUUGUGAUGCCGACUUUAACACCCUUGUCCGUCUUCAGAUACGCUUAGAAAAACAUUUGGAUUAUGCAGAUAUAGGAAACAUUGUAUUAGGUAAAUGGGGACCCAUCCUCGUUAAUUCAUUCCUAUUGUUGACACAGUUUGGAUUUUGUGUUGCAUAUUUUAUAUUUAUCGGGAAUACAGUACAGCUGUUAUUCCCCCAAAAAUUGGUCAAUGAAACUAUCCCACAGUUCCAAUCAUCAAUAACAACAGUGCAUGAUGGGAGUAGCAUAUCUAGAAAUGUUAUGUUUAACGUAACUAACUCUACCACUACAGGAUUUACUCAAACAACUACGGGGUAUACUCAAACAACU